GAUAAUCUAACUUUUAUAAUUUUCAGACACUGACCAGAUACUUAAUCAAAUCCUCACGCUACACUAUUAUAACAUUAUUACGACAUGAUCUAAUAUAAGUUAACUAAUCUUCUUUCAUCCAAUAAGCAUAAAAUUUCUGCAAAUGUGUAUAACCUAACUCAACGGACCUCCAUAUAACAACAGUUCCCACAUUUAUACAUUACAACUGUCUUUUCAUUAUAUUCCAUUUUAAUCAAUAAUAAUAGUAAUAAAAACAAUGACGAACUACGGCGCCAUUCCGACGUCGUCUCAUAGCUCUCCGGUGAUGGAUCCCGACUCAAUCUCACGUGCCAAGCAACGUAUCAAAGACGGACUCGCCAUGAGCCGACCAUGGAGACAAAUGUUUGAUCUCCACUCCAUGAGUUUCCCUCACGGCGUCUCCGAUGCUUUCUCAAGAAUCAAGAAAAACCUAAGCUACUUCCAGACCAACUACGCGAUCGUUGUCUUGGUCGUGAUCUUCUUCAGCCUUAUCAAGCAUCCGACAUCGCUUAUUGUUCUGACCGUUUUGGUUUUUGUAUGGAUCUUUCUUUAUUUCUUUAGAGACGAGCCUAUCAGGUUGUUUCGUUAUCAGGUAGAUGAUCACACGGUCUUGGUUUGUUUGUCGGUGAUAACCAUCGUUCUGCUGUUCUUGACCAACGUGACGCUUAACUUAGUUGGUGCGUUGUUGAUCGGAGCUGUGUUGGUUUUGAUCCAUGCGGUUGUUAGGAAGACGGAGGAUCUCUUCUUGGAUGAAGAGGCGGCGACGGGUGAGACUAUUCAGGGCUGACGUCAUAACUUUCAUUUAAAUCAUUAUGUAUCUGUUUCUGUAUAUUAUUGUAUGGUUUUUUUAAAUCAUUUUAUGUGUAAUGAUUUAGCAUUUUUAUUGGUGUGAGUUUGGUUUGAGACUCUUUUGUUUUGGGUGACGAAUGUUACGAGUUUGAAGUUUGAUCCAUUCAAAACUGUUAAAACUUCCUUCUGUUUUUUUAGUAUAAUCGAAGACUCAUGCAUUGUUUCUUGUAAUUUUGUUCUAGAUUAUUUAUAUAAGAACACGACCUUUGUAAU